AGAGCAUCUUCAGCUCGCUGGAGAGAAAGAGGGAGGGAGAGAGCGAGAGAGAGGGAGCGGAACGCCGGGCUGCCCAUCCUCAUAUUUCCUUGUGCAUCUGUGUGAGGCUGUGUGAGCGGCAGAGAGGGCUGAGCACAUCUGACUCUCGUGGAGGCAGCAGGGACUCAUUCCACUUGGCCAAGAGAGAUCGAUGCUUUUACGUGGAGCUGCACAGGACGGCUGAGCACCCUCCUGCAGAAAGUCUGUGCAGCACCACCAAGAAAUUAAAGAGAACAAGAGGCAAAGACUGAGUCCAUCACAAAGCUCCGACCGGCAAAAACCCAGGGACCAACACUUCUCAACUUUAUCUUUUACACCCAAGGUGCAAGCACAGAAGGAGCUUAGUCACAAGAUAACAAGGUUCCCACGGAAAUAAAGGUGUGAGUGGAGGACAGUGGUGAAGUGUGUUGCAAGGAUGCCAGAAUCAAAGCAACUUCUUUGGACCACAGAGUUCACAACAAUGUUGGCUCUUGCUCUCCUUUUUGCACUGCAGGGUGCUGCACAUGCUGCUCCAUCAGGAGACAACAAGCUGGUUCGAACCACCAGAGUGAGAAGGCAGAUCCCAGAGGGGGAUCAGUUUCCCUCUGCUUCUUCAGUCAACCAGACGCUACGAGAGCAGCCUCUUGUCUUUAACCAUGUGUACAACAUUAACGUGCCAAUGGAGUCUCUGUGCUCCGUUGACCUGGAUGCAUCUGUGGCCCCAGAUUCUCACGCUGAGUUGGGAUCCAGACCUCCUGUUGAGGGUCCAGGGGAGCCAUCCGGGCCAACAGAAUACACAGAGCAGACGCUUGAUGCAGAGAGUCAGGUGACGUUUACGCACCGCAUCAACAUACCAAAAGCAGCAUGCAGUUGUCCAGCAAUAACCACAAUCCAGCAACUUGCCACCAGAGUGGAGAUGCUGGAGAGAGAGGUGUCCAUGCUCAGAGCUCAGUGUGGAUCUGGAUGCUGUGGGGAAGGCUCUGCCAUGGGUCGCGUGGACUUUGUCCCAGGUUGCAGCAGCCAUGGGAGCUUCAGCUUUGAUCUGUGUGGCUGCAUCUGCGAGGAAGGCUGGGGCGGCAAAAACUGCUCAGAGCCUCGCUGCCCAAAUGACUGCUCUGGUCAGGGGGUGUGCAUCGAAGGGGAGUGUGUGUGUGAUCGGGACUUUGGAGGCGACAACUGUUCAGAGCCACGAUGCCCCUCAGACUGCUCAGGCAGAGGCCUGUGUAUUGAUGGGGAAUGCAUGUGCGAGGAGUCCUUCACAGGCGAAGACUGCAUGGUUGGACGGUGUCUCAACGACUGCUCAGAUCAGGGGAUGUGUGUCAAUGGGACAUGCCAGUGCCGCCCCGGCUAUGUGGGAGAAGACUGUUCAUUGGUCUACUGCGCCAACAACUGUAGCAAGAAGGGAGUCUGCAAGGAGGGUUUCUGUGUCUGCCAGGAUGGCUUUGCUGGAGAUGAUUGUAACUCAGUGGCACCUGCCAUGAAUUUAAAUGCACGUGGAGUUACAGAUCGUACUAUCGAGCUGGAGUGGGAAGGGUCCAUUAUGGUGACAGAUUUCUUAGUGACCUACACCCCAAGCAGCCCUGGAGGUGUGCAGCUAGAAAUGAGGCUCCCAGGAAACACAACAUCUUGGAUUAUCACAGGUCUUGAAGCAGGCAUAGAGUACAACAUCAAUGUGUUUGCUGUCAUCAACAACUCAAUCAGCGUUCCCUCCAGUCUCACUGUUUGGACGUACCUCUCCAAUCCAGAUGGAUUAGUCUUCAAAUUUAUCACAGAGACAUCAGUGGAAGUCCAAUGGCAACCAUUUUACUAUUCCUUUGAUGGAUGGGAGAUCAGCUUCAUCCCCAAGGACAAUGAUGGCGGCAUGACAGCCCAGCUGCCCAGCACCAUCACCUCAUUUAUUCAGAGUGGUCUAAGGCCUGGGGAGGAAUAUACAGUCAACCUGGUGGCGCUCAGAGAGCAGGGUCGAAGCCAGCCCGUCACUGCUACCUUCACAACCUUGAUUGAUGGUCCGACUCAGCUGAUUGUGCGUGAUGUGUCAGACACCGUAGCCUUUGUGGAGUGGACACCACCAAAAGCAAAGAUCGAUCAGAUUGUGUUGCGUUACGGCCUUGUGAGAGGAGAGGGCCCGCGGACCACCUUUAGACUCCAGCCCACACUUACCCAGUACUCAUUACAGGUUCUGCGUCCUGGUUCACGGUACGAGGUGUCUGUAAGUGGAGUUAGGAAAGGAAAUGAAAGCGGCUCUAUCUCUACUGAAUUUACAACCGCUUUAUCAUUCUUCUCAGAGAUCGAUGCCCCCAAGAACUUACGGCUUGUGUCCAAGACCUCCACUACCCUCGAGCUUGAAUGGGAUAACAGUGAGGCUGAGGUGGAGGGGUAUCAGGUGGUGUACAGCACUUUAGCAGGAGAUCAGUAUGAUAAAGUGAUUGUGCCACGCAAUGAGGGUGCCACCACUAAGACUAAUCUCACAGACCUUCUGCCGGGUACGGAGUACGGGAUUGGUAUCUCUGCAAUGAAGGGUAUCAACCAGAGUACACCAGCAACGAUGAAUGCCAGGACAGGCCUGGAUGUACCCAUGGAUUUAACUGUGACAGCUUCAACUGACAACUCCAUCACUCUGGUGUGGGGUGUAGUCCAGGGUCCAAUUGACCACUACAGGGUCACCUACACAUCUUCCUCUGGUAUCACAACUGAGCUGACAGUUCCUAAAGACAUAACCACCACGACUCUGACAGACCUUGACCCUGGAACUGAAUAUACAAUCACAGUAGCAGCAAGAAGAGGGAGGCAGCAGAGCACUGCAGCAACCAUAGAUGCCUUUACAGGGAUCAGGCCUGUAACCCACCUUUACCUGUCAGAAGGGACAUCAGAUUCAGUGUUGGUGGCAUGGAGUGCCCCAGCACCACCCGCUGACCUCUUCAUUCUGAGCUACAGCUCUGCUGAUGGGACAGACACUUCUAAGGUGACACUAGAUGGCUCCAAGACGAGGUCACUGGUCCAGGGCCUGCUGCCGUCCACUCACUACACGUUCAGUUUAAUCACAAUACAAGGGGAUGUUACCUCUGAGCCCCUUACGGCAUCCCUCAGGACAGAAAUGGACCCACCAAAGGAACUGGCAGUCUCAGAUGUGACAGAAGAUUCAGUGACCAUCUCUUGGAUCAAACCACUGGCUCCCUUUGAAUAUUAUAAGCUCUCCUACCAGUCAGCCAGAGGUCGAGUGGACAGCGAGAUGAUAGACAGCGAUGUGACAAACUACACCUUGUCUAGUCUGUUUCCUGCCACAGAGUACGAGAUCAACCUCAAUGCUGUCAGAGGGAGUCAAGAGAGCAGACCUGUCACCACGUCUGUCUUCACAGCCAUGGACAUGCCUGCAGAACUGACAGCUCUCAACAUCACUCCACAAGGAGCCCUGCUAAGGUGGACCCCUCCCCUGUCCAAUGUGGACAACUAUGUGCUGACCAUCACACAUAACCAGCUGACAGCAGACACUUUCCUGGUUGAAGGAAACAAACAUGAGCACCAGCUGUCCAACCUCAAGCCAAGCACCACCUACUCUGUGGCCCUGUAUGCCACCAAAGGACCCCUGACAAGUGGCACUGUGAUCACCAACCUUCAGACACCCAUGGAUGCACCUGUGAACCUGACAGCCAGUGAAGUGAACCACCGCAGCGGUCUCAUUUCCUGGCAGCCUCCAAUCGCAGAAAUAGACAACUACAUGCUCACUUACAAAACUCCUGAUGGCAGCCGUAAAGAGCUGAUUCUUGAUGCAGAGGACACAUGGAUUCGACUGGAGGGAUUGGCGGAGAGCGCAGAGUACACGGUUAAGCUCCAGGCUGCUAGAGGGCUUGAUACCAGUGCUGUGGUUUCCACCACCUUUACUACAGGGAGCCGUCUGUUUUCAACACCUCAGAACUGUGCCCAACACCUGCUGAACGGGGAGACUGUGAGUGGCGUCUACACCAUUUACAUCAACAGAGAUCCGAGCCAAGGGGUGCAGGUGUACUGUGACAUGACCACGGAUGAAGGAGGCUGGAUUGUGUUUCAGCGUCGUCAAAAUGGUCUGACUGACUUUUCCAGGAAGUGGAGUGACUAUCGAGUUGGAUUUGGAAACCUUGAGGAUGAGUUUUGGCUUGGUCUCGAUAACAUCCAGAAGAUUGCUUCUCAGGGACGCUAUGAGCUGAGAAUUGACAUGAGGGACGGACAGGAAUCCGUUUAUGCCAGUUAUGACAAAUUUUCCAUUGGAGACGCAAGAAACCUCUACAAGCUCAGGAUAGGAGAAUAUAAUGGCACUGCUGGUGACUCUUUCAGCUACCACCAGGGCCGUCCAUUCUCAACUAAAGACAGAGACAAUGACAUCGCUGUCACUAACUGUGCCUUGUCCUACAAAGGAGCCUGGUGGUACAAGAACUGCCACCGGGCCAACCUCAACGGAAAAUAUGGCGAAUCCAGACACAGUCAGGGUAUCAACUGGUACCACUGGAAAGGCCACGAGUUUUCCAUUCCCUUUGUGGAGAUGAAGAUGAGGCCCUUCAACUUUCGCAGUAUCAGCAGUAAGAGGAGACGAUCCACCACUGUAUAAACAAACCACCUCCGCCCUGCCAAGAGUUGUGGAUAAAUGGAGUUUAGAUGAUACUGGGUGUUAAAUCUCUGCUAACUGUGCGCCUCUCUGACCGCAAAGGCAGGCUGGAAUUAAACUGUGCCACAUCUCGUUAGUGAGGCCGCAGAGACUGAAGGAAUGAGCAAUUAAACAAAGCUACUAAUAUUUCAUUUUAGCAAAUUUCAUAAAUUAAAACUUUACCAACUUGUUAUUUUAACCUGGAUACGGUCAGAAAAUAGCAGAGAGGUUUUGACACCACAUCCAAACUCUGUUGAUCUUUCCGCCUGCCCAGCAUAUGCUGUCUUUUCCUGCUGUACUUCUACUUAGAAGACAAUGUAUGUAAUUUAUUAAGUACUCAGAAUGACAAUGGUUGUAACUGCUGUAAAAAAAAAAAAAGGGGGGGGAGGGAGGAAUGCAAACGAAGAUGUUUUGGUUUAACCUUAAUAUUAGAGUUUUCCUUCCUUGAGAUGCUGAAUUGUGCUCAGAAAUGCUCCUAAGAGUAAAAUACUACGCUUUUUUUAGCCAUUACAAAAUAACACUGAAAUCAAUAAUAUAUGCCCUUAAAACUCUGUAAUAUAUAUAUAUAAAUAUAUUUUUAUAGCUAAUAUUGUGACUGAGUCCAUCUAUAAUUUGAUGCCUUGAUUUAUGAGCCUCAAUUAAGUUAACUCAAAAAUAGUAACAUACUGGACUGAGUCAGAAAAAAACAUUACACAGCAAAAUUGAAUAUAGAAAAUAAUCAUUAAUCAAAUAAUUCACCAGCAACAUCUUCAUUGCCUUGUAAUUUAUUUGUUUCAUGAGUAAUGUAAACUACUUUAGAUGAGUUACAUAAAGCAGAGGGAGAAUAAUCAUCUUCUUUACACAUUGUUAUAUAUUUGGUAGCCCUACUGAGACAAUGUCUGCACAGAGAGCAGAAACACAGCUAAGCUAUUGCAGUUCAUUCUGUUAGGUAAACACAUUUAGUUGUUCAUGGGCAUUUUAUACUCACUUGAUUUCAUUUCCAAGCAAAUUAGUCAAAAAAUAUUUUAACUUUGUUGCUGACGUAGGGAUUUCUUGCAGAAAUAAUGGCGAUAGGUGCAACAGUUAACCAAAGGCCUUCGUAAUAAAGAUUUAAUGAUUGAAAAUAAGCUCUGUUAGUUUUGUCACCAAGGCUGUCUUGAUACUGCCCCACAUUUCAAGCCCUUUUGUAGUCAUUGUGAUUCCCCCAAAUGCGAAGUGAGAUUUUCUAAAUGCUAUUCAGAACAAAGUCAGUGUGGGCAUAGUGCAGAUUUAAGUCUGGCUCCUCUCCUGCUGCUUGCUGAAAUGAGCUAAACAAAGAAAGCAGAACAGAAGAGUGAAGCCAAGUUUUCCUUGUACUCGUUUCACUGUUUAAGCUGCUUCGCGAAACAAAGAAAUCCACUAACACUGCUGGGAAUGUGUUCCUUUUAGUGGGGUUGGCGUAAUCUACGGCUUGCCAACCAACCAUGUGUUCAUGGUGGCACACAAGGCAUUCGGGGCCAGUCAGCUGACAGCAGUCUUUCUGCUUGAGUUUAAGACAGACAAAACAAACAUGACUGGAAGAAGGAAACCGAUGUCAUAGUCACUCUAAACACCAUUUUGUCUCAUUUAUUGGGUAAUCAAAUACUUUGUUUCCUAUUAUUUUCUCUAUCUCCUUUACUCUUCUCAGUAAAUCUUCUGAUUGAAGUAAACCAACCAAUCAGACUCUAUUUUUUUUUCUAGAGAUUGAAAAUAGUAGCCCUCCCCUGUUCUACUACUACUAUUACUACUACUACUAAUAUACUCAUGUAGAUAUGAAGUUGAACUGUCUUUUAUUUUCACUGACCCCAUUCGAUGGAAGCCAACAGAGAAACCCCACUGGGGAAUUCCUGCUAAAAACAGUGUAUUUCUAACCACUGUUGUGCUAAGGAAUGAAUGGAGCCUACUGCAUGUUGACUGAAAUACUACCAAGGGCUUGAGAGUGAACAACAAAUGUCUUUAGAAUAUAUUUGUGCACAUAUUUAUCUUUUGUUCUAUCUUGAAGCUGCCCCUGAAAUUACUUAAAAUAGAUUUAAAUUGCUUUUUUCCACUUUAAGCCUUUUAAUCAACAUGAAACCUUUCCCAGGUUGAUGAUUGGUUUUUUAUUGUCAGAGAAUUUCAGACUCUUUCAUGCAAUAAACUUCUCUUAGUUAUUUAUAGUGAAGUAGAUUAAUAUGUGUGUGUGUGUGCUUAUUUAAUUACCUGUUUUGAUAAAUUUCUCUUCUUUGGGAUUUGUAUAAAUGAAGAAAGGUCUGGAAGCUCUUCUUAAAGGAAACAAUUUGUAUUUUGUGUUCUGGCAAUAUCUCUCAUUGCAAACUCCAAGGUGCUUGUAAAUCAAACAAAAACAGAAUUGUCAUUUUUAUUUAUGUCCACCUGGCGGGGAAAAUAAAUACUGAACACCUAAUUUUUCUUAUGCAUAUAUUUAUAUUCAGGGUGUUGGCAUGAAAUUCACACCAGAUUCUUGUACCUAUCCAAGUAUUCCACACAUACAAAAAAAAAGAAGUUUGUUUUCUUUAUGUCAGGGGGAAAAUAAAUCAUCUGUUGGUAGUGAAAAAUACUCAAGAUUGUAGGCAUUGCUCAGGUGUGACUUUGACAAGUAUUUCUAUCCAAAAGUUUUAAAAUGUUGAAGGUUCUUGUUUGCUUCUCUAUGCUUUCUGAUCUUCAGUUAUUCCCUAGAUUUUCAAUUGGAUUAAAUUCAAUUCUAUCCGCUUUAUUUUCCGUUUCUGAAACCAGUUUAGAGUUCAAGUUUGUUGUCAGACUAAAAAAAAUCCAUAUUUUCCUUUCUCUGUUUUCUGUUAGAUGAACUCAGUCAGUAUGAUAUGCUGAAAGACAGAUACACACCAUUAUUUUCUUUGCUCCAUAUAUCAAUGGUGUUUUAGGGUGGUUUUCAGUGGCUCUUGGACAACUUUUCUGAUUAUUAUUAUUUUUUUUCACUUUAUUCUGAGAAAUUAGCAUUUGGUUACUGCUUGGGUAUGGCAGCUCCAAAGGUGCUCACUGAAGCAUUCAUAAGUUUAGAAAUACACCUGUAGGCAAUCCAGUCGCUAUGCUUUACAACAAUAAGGUUGCAGAGGUAUUAAGAGAGUUUAGUUUAUUUUCCUCAUAAUGAGACGCUUGUUGUACAACAGUUUUGUAAUGUGUUCGUAGGUUAUACAGUAUGUAGUUACAACCAAGCCAGGUGAAAUCAUUUGACACUAAGAGGGCGCAAGAGCUCUUUGCUUGAUAUCUUUACCCUAACAUCUACUGUAUUUGCUCAUAACUUAAUUUAUAUAGAUUAUGUGUUUGAUGUCUUUAAAAGCAUGGAUUACUUGGGUAGUUACCAACAUAUACUGUGAAUUUCAUGUUAAUGUCUGAUCACAAAUAUAUUUGUUGAGGGGAAAAAAUCACUGACAUGCUAAAUAUUUAUUUUAUUCACUGUAUAUAUAAAAUGGCCAAAUCUCAAUUUUUUUAAUAUUUAAAUACUGUUUCGCAUGGCACUAACUUUUGGAGAACUGAUAAUAUUUCUCUUCUACGCUGUUUUAGGAAAUUUAAUAAAUUCUUCAAAUCCAUUUUCUCUUUAAGGUAUGCCUCAAAAUGCAAUUAAAAAGAGCAUCAAAUAUUCACUUGAUUUAAAAUAGGAAUUAAUAAUAUUCUUUUUUUUUUUUGCACCAUGUAAAGUUUCAUCUGUUUGAGUCACUGUAAUUUUUUUUAAACAUCUUAAUUCUUGGAAACCUAAAGACAUUCACUGUUUAGUCAUUUGUACAGAAGAAUUGUUUAAGUUGUUGAAUUGUUCUUCAUUUUCCACUUGCUGUGACAUCAGUCACGCUCGGUCCUGUAAACUACUGAAGAAGAAAUACCACAAGUUUACAUGCUCAGUUUGCUUAAUCAAAAGACUGUAACUUGAAGUGAUCUGAACAAUGCUGGCAUGGACAUGUAAAUGUUGAUAAAAUGUGAUUUUGACUGUUUGAAAGCUUAGGUAGACUUAAACUAAGAAUUUGUUGUUGGAUAACCUUGAAUAUUACUGUCAAAUUUAGCUCUAGUUUGACUUAAACAUGUACUAUAAAGUUCCUUUUUUAAAACAUUUUCUACAUAUUAAUAAAAUAUUCAAAUACUCUCA